UUCCUCAGUCGUCAUCCCCUGAGACGACCACCGGAUCUUCUCACACGGCGUUUUCCGGCAACUCAAAAUUCUCCAUUUUUGCCUCGCCGUCUACGCCUCCGCCUAUUUCCCUUUUUCUUUUGCCUUCAUAUUAUUAAUAUUAUCUAUCUCGGUGAUUAUUAUUUGCAUGGCAUGGCAGUUCGUUUUUUGAACCGGGAUGUAUCAGAUUUAUGCCUUGGUAAGCCGGCGUUAAGGUCAAUUCCGGAGAAUGCUACCGUAGCAGAGGCUUUAUUGUUGUUGAAGAGAUCCGGCGAGACGCAUUUAAGCUUAUGGAAUUGCGAUCAUUCUUCUUCGGUUCUAGAAAAAGCUAAAGCUGAUUAUGAUGGAUGCCAUUGCGUUGGGAAGAUAUCUAUGGUGGAUUUGAUUUGCUUUCUCUCUAAACAAGAGCAUUUGAUUGAUUUUUCGAAAGCAUUUGAAGUUCCGAUUUCGAAGAUUUUGCCUAAAGGAGAUUCAAUUGUGAGGCAUUUGGAUCCCAAUUCAAGCUUGCUCGAAGCAAUAGAUUACAUGAUUGAAGGUACUCAAAACGCGGUCAUACCAAUUUACAACAAUGGAAGCACAGAUUCAAGGAGAAAAUCAUCCUCUCCGAGAUCUACAAAUCAUAAUGGAGUUGAAUAUUGUUGGUUAACACAAGAAGAUGUUGCACGUUUUCUUCUUAAUUCAAUUGGAGUUUUCUCUCCUAUGCCCACGUUUUCGAUUGAAUCCCUCAACAUCAUUGAUCACAACAUUAUGACAAUAGGUUACCACGAUCCUGCAAUAUCUGCUUUGGAUUCGAUUACUCUAGCAAAUAUUGAACAAACCGCGUUGGCAGUUGUGGAUAAUGACAACAAACUAAUUGGGGAAAUCUCUGCUUCAACUCUUGCAUACUGUGAUGAAGACGUUGCAGCAGCAAUCACGACUCUUUCAGCCGGUGAUCUCAUGGCAUACAUCGACUACGGUGGUCCUCCAGAGGACUUAGUUGGAUUGGUGAAAAUGAGAUUGCAAGAGAAAAAACUUGACCGGAUGACCAAACUUAUAAUGGAGGAAGAAUUUUCAGCAUCGUCUUCAUCAUCUUCAGCUUGCAGUUGUUCUUCUGACGAUGAAUCUGGAUCGAGUAGAAAUGGAUCAGGACGAUUCUCCUCGUCAAGAAGGUCAGAAGCGAUCACCUGUUAUCCCGGGAGUUCAUUGGUAGCUGUGUUAAUUCAAGCACUUGCACAUCGUGCUACUUCUGUUUGGGUCAUUGAUGAAGAUCAAAAUUUGGUUGGAGCUGUAUCAUUUAAAGGGAUUUUGAAAGUUUUUAGGAGUAUUGCUAUUGCAAGGCUUAAACCUGAGACUGAAAAUUUAUCAACCCAAGAAUAACAUCACUUUGUAUCCAUCCCAUAUGUUAGUAGAUUAUAUGUUAUGAGUUUUACAUGAUUGAACAAAAGACCUUUUUGAUGGUGAUUUAUAAAAAACAUUGUGUUUUGAUUUUUUGAAACUCA